GGCAUGGCGGGGCGGCUGCUGAGGAAGCGAGCGCGGGAGGCGGCGACGGUGUUGGGCGGCGGCGUGGUGCUGCUGGGCUGCUACCUGACGGCGUCGGGGGACGAGCGGCUGUACGCGUCGGGGCUGAUGCCGCUGGUGCGGGGGCUGCUGGCGGCCGAGGCGGCGCACGGGCUGGCCCUCAGGAUCGCCGCCCUCGGCCUCCUCCCGCACCGACCCCGCACGGACUCCCCCCUGCUCGAAGUGCGCGUCCUCGGACGGAGAUUUCGAAAUCCAGUUGGAAUGGCUGCAGGAUUUGACAAACAUGGGGAAGCUGUAGAUGGACUGUAUAAAAUGGGCUUCGGGUUUGUGGAGGUUGGAAGCGUCACCCCAAAACCUCAGGAUGGAAACCCCAAACCCAGAGUCUUCCGGCUCCCAGAGGACCAGGCCGUCAUUAACAGAUAUGGAUUUAACAGCCACGGAUUCGCAGUGGUGGAGCGCAGGCUACGAGCCCGGCAGCAAAUACAGACCAAGCUCACAGAAGAUGGCAUGCCAUUGGGAAUAAAUUUAGGGAAGAAUAAGAGCUCGCAGGAUGCUGCGUCUGAUUAUGCAGAAGGGGUUCGGGUGCUGGGUCCGUUAGCGGAUUACUUAGUGGUGAAUGUAUCCAGCCCUAAUACAGCUGGAUUGCGGGACCUUCAGGGGAAAGCAGAACUGCGCAAUCUGUUGACUAAGGUGCUGAAGGAGAGGGACAGCUUAGAGGUCAAACGCAAGCCAGCUGUGCUGGUGAAGAUCGCCCCAGACCUGUCAGCCCAGGACAAAAAGGAUAUUGCUAGUGUUGUGAGAGAGUUGGGUAUUGACGGGCUGAUCGUCACCAACACCACAGUCAGCCGUCCAGCCGGUCUCCAGAGCGCCCUGCGGUCCGAAACCGGAGGCUUGAGCGGGAAGCCCCUCCGAGAUCUAGCAACUCAGACCGUUCGGGAGAUGUACUCCCUCACGCAGGGCCGAGUCCCCAUCAUCGGAGUCGGCGGGAUCAGCAGCGGGCAGGAUGCGUUGGAGAAGAUCCGCGCGGGCGCCUCCCUAGUCCAGCUGUACACCGCGCUGGUUUAUCAGGGCCCACCUGUGGUCAAGGCGGUCAAAAGGGACCUGGAGGCCCUUCUCAAAGAGCAGGGUUUUAGCAGUGUCUCAGAUGCCAUUGGAGCAGACCAUCGGAGGUGAGGAAUCUACCCUGCGGGGAGUGUCAAUCCGCGACCUUCUGGUGUGUGCUUUUCCGUUUGGAUUACGGCCAGCCAAGACCCCCCUCCUCCCACCUCCCCAAAUCAAGAGUCCUUUUCUUGGUCAGGUGAUGAAGGACAAUCAUGAGGAUAACUCAAGUCAUCUUUCAACCGUGACCUGCCCCGCUUAUAAAGUAGAAUCCUGGCUCUAGAUUCGAUUGCUGACAUCCUUUAGUAUUGAGAUCAGAAACAUUAAAAAGAAGUAGAUUUUUUAAAAA